AUGGGGAAUGUUUCUCACAGAUCAAACCUCCGCGAUGACAGUGGCACCCAUCUUCAGAAAACUUUCGUCAAGUCAAAGGUGAUGCAAACGACACUACCCCCUCCAGAGAUCCUGCAUGAGAUCUUCUUGUACUUCAAGCCCGUUGGGAUAGAUGCCAUAGAACCCAGGCGGAUGCUUGUAUCGCUUGCAAGAACAUGCAAAGCGUUCAAAGACGAAGCGAUCGCUGUCCUCUGGUCAUCGAUCCCCUUACGUGCUCUGUUCUACCCUCUGCCAUCCUGCGCCGUCCACAAGGAUGGUGUGGAUGGUCCUCCUGACUUUGAGGAUAUUACGAUUGAUCUAAAUAAUAGUAUUGGAAUCAAAUACUCCGCCUUGGAAUCACUAUUUCCUCCUCACUUGAUUGGCAACGAGACCUUUCCCAGGCUCACCGAUCUCAACCUUCCCUUCCAUGACGAUGACAUCCCAUGGCAUGUUCUACCGGUCUUUCUAGUUCCAACUAUACGGUCCAUACGCUUGCUAUCAUGCUCAGGGGGAGCUUUAAGCUUCGUAUCAUUGCUCUCAGAACGCUGUCCCGCACUUGAAUCUCUCAUUGUAUACAACCAACAAGAAAAUCUAUGGGCAGGUAGCAUCAGGGAUACGUUCGAAGCUGUGGUUCCACAACUACAGCAUCUCAAGGCAUACGACGGGCCACUGCUGUUGCAGCAUCCUCCGCGAGGACUAUCACACCUCCCAUCGCUUCAACGCAUCUCAUUGAACCUCUGCGCUCCUCUAUGGGGAGACCUUAGUGGGGAUGUUAGGCUCCCUUACAGAUCUCUUCCUUUCCCGGCUCUGUCAGAUGUCACGCUCGAGCUAGACUAUCCUCACAAAGCCAAAGUCUUCUUCGACGCCGUAGGUAGUCAGAGCCGCACACAAGAACCGCAACCACUGUCGACGACUGUCUACUUCCAUUUCGCCCCCUCAAUGGGCGAGGUCUUUGAAACUUGCACGACGUUAUCUUCGCACCCCCGUUUCACGCUCUCCUCCUUGCGACUUCUUCCACGCACUAAUCACAACGACGAUUACUACCCGGAUCUCGUGAUCACGCUCAACACAAUCCGUCCUCUCCUACAAUCGACAUCACUUACCAAGGUCGACAUCAGCGUGUCCCCGAUGGCAUCCUUCACGGAUGCCGACCUUGAAGAAAUGGCGAACGCCUGGCCCCACCUUGAAGUGCUCAAGAUCAACCAGGCCGUCGAAAGCUGGAACACAUCUCCACAGAUCACUCUUCAGGGUCUGCGCACCCUUCUCACUACCUGUCUGCACCUACGCCGGCUCGCUCUGGCUAUGUGUGUCCCCGCAUCCGAUCGCGAGAACGACGAUUGGCAGCUCGACCGCAUCAGUAACAUGGCUGAUCGCACAAACUCCGCAUUAACUUCAUUUCAUCUCCUCAACUCCCAGAUUGAAGACGACAUUCUCUUCUGCGUGGUCCUUUCAAAAAUGGCGCCGAAGGUCAGGGUCAACGCCCUCCCUUACGGAGUCGUGGCAGCAGACAUGGUGGCCCGGAAGAGGGAAGGAGGUUUUAGUGCGUAUAGCUGGGACGAGCUGAGUGAGCGUAUCUCGCGGUUCAUCCGAGGAGGCGAUCUGGAUAUACGCCUUUCGCAGAUAGAAAGGUCGAGGGCUUAA